AUGAUGAAAAUAUGGUCCAUGAAGAAGAAGCAACAGCAAGAUGAGGCUGCGGAGGCAGCCACAAGCAAGAAGAAGAAGGUGACGCCUGCUCAACUCCGCGCACAGAAAGAUCUCGAAGAACUCUCUCUCGGCUCAACGAUGAAGACGCACUUCCCUAACCCCGAUGAUAUCCUCAACUUCGAACUCACGAUUGACCCGGACGAAGGCAUGUACAAGGGCGGGCAUUUCAAGUUUGAUUUCAAAAUCAACCAGAACUUCCCACAUGACCCGCCAAAGGUCAAGUGCACGCAGAAGAUUUACCACCCCAACAUAGAUCUAGAGGGCAAUGUGUGUCUGAACAUUCUGCGAGAAGACUGGAAGCCGGUGCUCAACUUGAAUGCCGUGGUCGUUGGUUUACAGUUCCUCUUCCUCGAACCAAAUGCGUCGGAUCCACUGAAUAAGGAGGCCGCGGAAGAUCUCAAGGCGAAUCGCGAACUCUUCAAACGUAACGUGCGGGCAUCUCUCGGUGGCGGCAUCGUCAAAGGACAGAGCUUUGAUCGCGUGCUCAAAUGA